UUGUCACAAACUACCCGUUGCACUACAUUAUGACUCUUUUAGUAUAGUUACUAAUAUUGAACACAACAAAAUCUGCAGUAACAGUACCUUUUUUUAUUUUUAUUUUUAUUUUUCCAUUUGGGCAUCAUUUUUUCUAGUCAAUCUUUAAAUUAAGGAUCGAUUAGCAAUCAUGAUUUCAGGAAAGAAGACGGCGAAUGCAGUUGGAGGCAAGAACACUACAAGGGCAUGUGAUAGCUGUGUACGAAAGCGUGCACGAUGGUAUUGUGCUGCUGAUGAUGCUUUCCUUUGUCAAAGCUGUGAUGGCUCGGUUCACUCGGCUAACCAGUUAGCCGGUCGACAUGAGAGGGUCCUUCUAGAUACUUCUUUUUAUAAAGUUUUUGGUUCAUCAGACAACACAGGUUCGGUUGAACCAUCAUGGCACCAAGGGUUCACACGUCGUGCACGUACCACAAGGACUCGGAGCAAGUAUUCUCUCAAGUUACAAGGAACAAAGAACAAUAACGCGAACUCUUUUGUUCCUUUAGUUCCCGAUCUAGGCGCUUUAGAAGCAUCUUUGCUUGAUGAUAAUGAUGAUGAAGAAGUAGAAGAACAGCUAUUGUAUCGCGUUCCGGUCUUUGAUCCUUUUGAAACCGAAUUAUGCAAUGCUUCAUCAUUUGAAGCAGGAAAGACGAGUUUGGAUUUUGUAGUGGAAAGUAGCAAACAAGAAGAAGAAACAUGCAAUUUGGAUGAUCUUCAAGGGUUUGAUCUCCCAACCGAAGAUUUGGAGCUCUUGGAAUUUGCCACCGAUGUGGAAAACUUGUUAGGUAAUGGCGGUUUUGAUGAUCAUAAACCGAGUAGGAUGGAUGACUAUAUAGAUGAAGAUAAUAAUACUAAUUGUAACAAUAAUAUUAUAGGAAUUUGCUUCGACGAAAAUAGGGUGAAAGUUGAAGAUAAAGAAAUAGAAGCAAUUUUAGGGUUUGAUUUGGAAGCUAAUAAUACUAAGGAAACAAUGUUAGAUUGGGACUUCGGUUAUGAGUCCAUUAUUAAAGACGAGGAGAAGAAAGCAUCAUCAUCAGUAGAAAUGAAUGAACAUAUGAUGAUAGUGUCAUCAAGUGAUCGAUAUGAGGUGCAAAAACCGAGCAUAAUUUUGAGGCUUGAUUAUGAAGAUGUGAUCAAUACCUGGGCUGAUCAGGGCUCUCCUUGGACAAACGGAACGCGACCGGAACUCAACUCUGACGGUUGCUGGCCUGAUUUCAUGGGUGAUGAUUUUUCUGCAUACGGAGGAGGUGUAAUUAGAGGAGGAGGAUCAAGUAGUAGUGAUGGAGCAAGAGAAGCAAGAGUGUUGAGGUACAGAGAGAAAAGAAGAACAAGAUUAUUCUCAAAGAAAAUUAGAUAUGAAGUCCGGAAACUAAAUGCCGAGAAAAGACCAAGAAUGAAAGGCAGGUUUGUCAAAAGAGAAAACUUUCCACCUCAUCAUCAUCCUCCAACUUCUACUUUCUCUACUACUCACUACCUCAUCAACAACUAGCUAGAUCCAUCGAAUAAAUACGCUUUGUUCGAUCAUUAGUUUGUGUAUCUUGUUUUUCGAAUGUUAAUAAUCUCUGUACGUAAUUUGCUUGUUUUCUCGGCAAAAUACCAGAGGGAUAUGAUGGGUUAAUUAAUCCUUUAACUUCUUCGUUUAAUCGUGUAAUUAUAAGUCAUUUCUUAAUUUCUGAUUUUGUGUAUCAACUAUGUAUGUAUAAUAAUUAAUGAAGCAUAGUUGCAACUUGGUCUCAAA